GCCAUGAGGGCCCUGGUGCCUCUUCUGUCUCUGCUUCUCCUGGGCACCCAGGCCCAGCAUGGGUCUGAGUGGACCUACUCAGAGGGGGCGCUGGAUCAAGCACACUGGCCCAAGGAAUACCCCGCCUGCGGGGGGAAGAGACAGUCACCCAUCAACCUGCAGACAAGGAAGGUGCAUUACAACCCCUCCCUGAAAGCGCUCAACCUGACGGGCUACGACACCCAGGAGGGAGAGUUCUCCAUGGUUAACAACGGCCACACAGUUCAGAUCAGCCUGCCCCCUACCAUGCACCUGAGGGCCCCGGAUGGCACCAAGUACAUAGCCCAGCAGAUGCACUUUCACUGGGGAGGCGGAUCCUCGGAGAUGAGCGGCUCUGAGCACACUGUCGAUGGGGCCAGACAUAUGUCCGAGAUUCAUGUUGUUCACUACAAUUCUAAAUACCAGAGCUACGAUAUCGCCAAAGACGCACCGAAUGGUUUGGCCGUGAUGGCAGCCUUCAUUGAGGUGAAGGAUCACACUGAAAACACUUACUAUGAUGACUUCAUUUCUCAUUUGGCCAACAUCAAGUAUGCAGGACAAAGCACAACCCUGACUGGCCUGGACAUUAAGGACAUGCUGCCGGUGGACCUUGCGCACUACUUUAGCUACAAUGGGUCGCUCACCACACCUCCCUGUACUGAGAACGUCCACUGGUUUGUUAUGGCAGAUUACGUCAAGCUCUCCAAGGAGCAGAUUUUGAAGCUAGAAAGUUCCUUAUUGGAUCACCGUAACAAGACCAUCCGCAACGAUUAUCGCAGGACCCAGCCCCUAAACGACAGAGUCGUGGAAGCCAACUUCCUGCACCUCCCUAAUCAGGAGUGUGCCCAGCUGCAGUCUUACCUAAGCAAGAUCGACAAAGACCUCCAGUCCAUAAAAAAAUGUAAUAAAAAGAAGAAGAAAGUUAGGAGAGUAUACUAUUAUUAA